AUGAAUCAGCAGAUACUGAAUCAGCAGCAGCAGCAGCAGCAGCAGAUGCUGAAUCAGCAGCAGCAGCAGCAGCAGUUCUGUCUGAAGUGGAAUUCGUUCGGGACGAAUUUGGCGUCGGCGUUCUCGAAUCUGUACAAGAGCGAGAGCUUGGCGGAUGUUACUUUGUUUUGUGAAGGUACGACUUUUAGGGCCCAUCGUCUGAUUCUGGCAGCCUGCAGCAAGCGUUUUGCAGAGUUGUUCGAGGCGGGUGCUCCCGGGGGCGCCAAUGGAAAUUCUUCGUGUUGCGUUAUUUUGGAGGCGACAAGGGGGCGCCAUAUGGCGGCUCUUUUAGAAUUCAUGUAUAGAGGAGAGGUGCAUGUGGCGCAGAGUGAACUUGGUGGAUUCUUGAAGGCGGCGGAAAGUCUACAGGUCAAAGGUCUAAGCAUAGAACACGAAAAAAUAGCAGUAGCCCAAUCCCAACAGCAACAGCAAUCCUCCCACAACAACUCCUCCUCGGCCUCAAUCAACAACUCAUCUUCAGCAACAUCAAUGCCUCAACAACACCGAUUAAAACAUCGUUUGAACACCAUCAACAAUAACAACAUCCAAAAUGCCAUGAACAACAACGGCGGCAGUGGCGGCGGUGGAUCAACAAGCCCUGAAGACUUUCAUUAUGCACAAUAUAUGCAUUUGGCUGCAGGAUUUAAUACUAGAUACGAUCAGAGAUUAGGAAGUCCAUACGAUAGUCCAAGAAAACUUCAACUCAGGUCACCUACACAACAGGAGAUGCGUUGCUCGGUUCUCAGGGAAAACAAAUCACCAAGGUCUGAUCACUUAACAUCCCCCAACACCCACAACGACGACAUCAUCACCGGUCACCACUCAAUAGACGACGCCAACCACGGGCCCUCAGGAGAGCCCUCGCACAGGUUCAUCAGGGACGGACUGGUCGACGACAGGGUCAAAAGGGAGCAGCAGGGCCGCGGCGAGGGCGUUUCGCCUGCAGGAGGCGGCGGCGUUGGCGAUCACAACAUCGAGGACGAAGGCGACGACAGGAUGAUGGCUGAUGAGGACGAUCAAGGAUAUGCUGAAGAUUUGCGCGUGAAAAUGGAAAUAACAAACGACUACAGCCCACCGACAAAUUCUAUAUCUGAUUCUUUGUCGAAAUCGUCUCGGGUAGCAUCAUCGACCAACCACUCUCCGGCUAAUUUAUCUACGAAACUUCUCAGCAAUUCGACAACUACAGAUCUUUUGGCGACCGGUGUAUGGAAUGCAAGCAAAUUGACAGGACACAAGGCGGGUUCUGUUGCUACAGCUGAUGGUAAAAAACUGAAAUGUCCCUACUGUGAACGUCUCUACGGUUAUGAAACAAAUCUAAGGGCCCACGUCCGUCAAAGGCAUCAGGGCAUCCGUGUACAUUGUCCCUUCUGCACCAGGACCUUCACCAGGAAUAAUACUGUUCGAAGGCACAUUGCUCGAGAACACAAAGCUCAGCAGGAAGCCCAACAAUUGGCUCAGAGGUUGGGAGGACAUUGAGGGAAAAAGUGAGUAAAAGAUGAUAAAUGAUGAAUUUAUCCAUAAAGGGAUGUAGGACAAAAUUCUUUAGUUGUGAAUUUCUUUGGGUGAAAGUUUGU